AUGCCGAAGCAGCGAAAGUACCAGCCUUCCUUGCAGGAACCGAAAGCGAAAACAGAGGAAGCAGAGAGAGGGAGUAAAAGGCUCGCCCUUUCGAUUGGAAGGGAGAGCGUAGACUUACUACCGAGCAGAUUCGUUUCCACCAUUCACAAACGAUUCCACAGAGAGAUUAAAGAUCGAAAUCGAGCAAGGAAGGAGCAGUUUUGGUUUCGCGAAACAGAGGAAGGAGAAGAUAUGAAUGUGAUUGUUAGAGCUGAGGGGCGAAGGUGUAUUUAA